GGCUCAGUAUCAUGAAACCACUGCUUCGAAGUUGCUGGUCCAUGCGAGAACAUUGAAGCUGUCAGGUGUCACGUUCAAGCAAAGCUACCUACCUACCAGGAGAUCGGCAUUACCCCGCCAAAAGCCAGUUCUCGGACUUUGUCGCUUCAACACGGCAAAGACACCUUGAUCUUCAGCAGAGUCAAGCUUUCAAGCAUGCGGCCGAGCUCUUCUUCGGUGAAGCACACCCCAGCUCCCACUGCCAUUGGAUAUUGCAUGCAGAAACAUUGGUCUUGCAUUUCUCCCAUUAUCAAAUCGGAUUCCUUCAACCCCCUCAAUGCCCAUUGUUGUUUUGCACAAGUGGGCAGCCACGGGCCGUUGAAUCUUGAACUCCGUGACUCCUUUCCCCGCAUCCAUACGGGCAGGUACUUGCUCACAAGGUAGGUCAUUGCGGGGUUGUUGAGGUACCUGUUGCCUGAAACUCCAACCACAGGACAAAUAGAUGACGUCGCUCUUACAUCGGGAGCUUGCGUGGUGCACCAGAUGACCGAACCAUUGGGGGGAGGCGACUGCUUCGCGUCCUGGCCGUGUUCUUGGGCUUUAUUAUGGCCAUCAGCUGUUGUCUAGAACAACAAUUGGACUUUUCUUCUCUAUCACUCAACAAAGUGUGUUGUCUCGAUAUCAACACCCGGUUUACUCGCUAUCCAUCAAGAUGAUCCACCACGAUCAAGUUGCGGAAAUGCUCUACGGCUAUGCUGGCGCUGCAGCUGCCAAGCCGACGCAUACAGACAGUCCCGGUCCCAUUCCCACUGUUAUCCCAACACCCCCACAGUUUCAAGAAAUCGGCGAGACAGGCCACCGGACGUUAUGGGUUGUCUUUGCCCUGAUGGUCCUCUCCUCGGGCUUCUUCGCCUUCAUGUCAUGGAACGUCCCCAUCUCCAAGCGCCUCUACCAUGUCAUUACCACCCUGAUCACCAUCACCGCCUCCCUCAGCUACUUCGCCAUGGCCUCUGGCCACGCCACGAGCUUCAGCUGCACCCCGGCCAAGGACCACCAUAAGCACGUGCCCGACAUUGGAUACACUGAAUGCCGUCAGGUGUUUUGGGGGAGAUAUGUUGACUGGGCCAUCACCACGCCGCUGCUCCUGCUGGACCUGUCCUUGUUGGCCGGUAUUGAUGGUGCUCACACCCUCAUGGCUGUUAUAGCUGAUGUGAUUAUGGUGUUGAGCGGACUGUUCGCCUCGCAGGGUGAGACAGCUACUCAGAGGUGGGGAUGGUAUGCCAUUGGGUGUGUGUCGUACCUGUUUGUUAUUUGGCAUGUGGCUCUUCAUGGUGCUCGGACUGUGACUGCCAAGGGGAGGAGUGUGACGAGGCUGUUUAGCUCUUUGGCGCUGUUUACGUUUGUGUUGUGGACUGCUUAUCCCAUUGUUUGGGGCAUUGCUGACGGCGCUCAUCGCACUACUGUUGAUACCGAGAUCUUGAUCUACGCUGUUCUCGACAUCCUCGCCAAGCCUGUCUUUGGUCUCUGGCUUCUCUUCAGCCACCGCUCGUUGGCUGAGACCAAUGUUGAUGUGGGUGGAUGGUGGUCCCAUGGAUUGGGCGCUGAGGGGAGAAUCAGGAUUGGUGAUGAGGAGUAAGAUGGGCAGAUGAAUCGUUGUUAGUGAAGGAGAGGAUGAGAGGAACGAUGGACGUAAUACAGGAUGAUAUUAUUGUGAUGGGUAGCGUUAUUUUCUUUUCGGGACAAAGGCUAGGUCUGCAUGCUUCGGGUACUGCAAUGUCAAAAAGUUAUCAUUGAACAAUCCAUUGAUAAAUCCGCAUCCUUUACACGGCAAAUAGCCGUUGAUUGCCCCCUAU